ACUCCCCGCUGGCGCUGGCGCUGCGACCGCGCAGUCAGUGUCCUUGCGCCGGUCAUUGGUCCACACUCAGUCUGCUCUAGAGUCUCGUCCGCAGCUGCACGGACUCCUAGUUGAUCGGAAGCCGUCCGAAAUGUCGCUCAAAGUUACCAAAGUCGAGACCAAGGUCUACGAUGGCCAGAAGCCCGGCACCAGCGGCCUGCGGAAGGCUGUCAAAGUGUUUCAACAAGUCCACUACACGGAGAACUUCGUACAGUGCAUCCUGAGCGCCCUGGGGAAGGACUGUGCCGGCAGUACUCUGGUUGUCGGUGGUGACGGCCGCUACUACGGCAAGGAAGCGGUGGACAAGAUCAUCAAAAUUGCGGCCGCCAACGGGGUGUCAAAACUGCUCAUCGGUCAGAAUGGAAUCUUGUCUACUCCUGCGGUGUCCUGCUUGAUCAGGAAGUACAAAACCACUGGUGGUAUUGUUUUGACCGCUAGUCACAACCCUGGUGGUCCUGACAACGAUUUUGGCAUUAAGUUUAACUGCUCCAAUGGCGGUCCUGCUCCUGAUGGAGUCACUAAUGAUAUUUACGCUCUGACGACAAAGAUCUCAACCUACUCUAUUGUUGCGGACCUGAGGUGUCCUAUUGACAAGAUUGGCACUCAGACUUUUGAGGUUGAGGGAAAGACAUUUACUGUAGAGAUCAUUGACUCUGUCAAAGAUUAUCUUGAACUUAUGAAAGAAAUCUUUGAUUUUGUUGCUCUGAAGAAGCUCUUACAAGGAGGCUUUAAGGUUCUGAUUGAUUCCAUGAAUGGAGUUACUGGUCCCUACGUCCAAAGAAUCUUUGUUGAGGAAUUGGGUGCUCCAGUCGAUAACACAGUCCGCACAACUCCCCUGGAAGACUUUGGUGGUCACCACCCUGACCCCAACCUUACGUAUGCUGCUGAUCUUGUCAAGUCUGUUGCAAGUGGAAACUAUGAUUUGGGAGCUGCUUUUGAUGGAGAUGGAGACCGGAACAUGAUCUUGGGCCGCAAAGCAUUCUUUGUCACUCCGUCUGACUCACUUGCUGUCCUAGCGAACCAUUUAGAGUGUAUCCCAUAUUUCAAAAAGACUGGAGUCAAAGGAUAUGCUCGCAGUAUGCCCACAGGAGCUGCUGUUGACAGAGUUGCUGCUGCCACUAAAAAGGAGUUCUUUGAGGUCCCAACUGGUUGGAAGUACUUUGGUAACUUGAUGGAUGCUGGUCGUCUGUCACUGUGUGGUGAGGAAAGUUUUGGAACUGGCUCUGACCACAUCAGAGAGAAGGACGGCAUCUGGGCAGUGCUGGCUUGGCUGUCAGUCCUUGCUCACACUGGAAAAUCUGUUGAGGACACUUUGCUAGCUCACUGGGGCACCUAUGGCCGUAACUUCUUCACAAGGUAUGAUUAUGAAAAUUGUGCGUCAGAUCCCUGCAAUGAAAUGAUGAAGAAAUUGGAAGAGCUGAUCACCUCCCCCUCAUUCCGAGGCACCAAGUACAGUAAUGGUGGGAAAACAUAUGUGGUGAAGGAAGGUGAUAACUAUGCAUACACUGAUCCCAUUGACAAGAGCUUUGCCUCCAAGCAGGGUCUCCGUAUUAUGUUUGAAGAUGGUUCCCGGCUUAUCUUCCGGUUGAGUGGUACUGGCAGUUCAGGUGCCACUGUUCGCAUGUAUGUAGACAGCUAUGAAUCUGACAAGAGCAAGCAUUCCGCUGAUGCUCAGGACAUCUUGAAGCCGCUGGUGGAAAUUGCACUGGAGGUCUCAAAACUGAAGGAGUUCACCGGUCGCCAGGAACCAACAGUUAUCACUUAAAGAAGUUGCUGGUGUGCUUUUAACAUAAAAUAUUUGCUCAUUCAUCGCCAAAAAUCUUUUUGUACCUCUAGCAUUUGCUGGAAUACAUAUUAUAUGGGAUUCACUCUUACCUUAGAAAAUGUAACUAGGUAUUAUAAAUUUUUGAAACCACUUUUAUGAUAAUUCCUUCUUAUCAAUUUAGUAUGCCUCUUUGUUAGAAAUUUUUGUUGUCUUUUUGUUUGAAAGUUUUUAGUCAAAGACAUUUAUCAUCCAUAUCAACUCUCAUGCUACAAUUUUGUUUUGUUACUGUUAAUUAGGUUGUGGUCAUCUUUCCCUAAUCUUUACUUGGUUACUGUUAUUGUUUGGCUUCAGAUUUUAUGUGUAUUGUUUUUAAGUCUUCCAUUUUCACACAUCCGUUUAUUUGCUUUUGUGUUUUUGAGAAUGAAAACUACUUACUGUGUUUGGAAGAAAUAUUAUCUUAUGUACUUACUGUGCAUUUUCUAUUGUUCUUUUGCAAAGUUUUUUUAAGAACUACAAAUCAUCCUUUAAUGAAUCCAAGGUUUUUGCUCGUCAUCUUUAGUUCUCCUGCCAUUUAUAAAAUUUCUUGUGCCUAGUCAUGUCAUGUCAAAGAUUUUUGUAAUGUUUUGGGGUUUUGGAAUAGUGUUUCCUUGUCAAGAAAGGAAGAGAAAUUUUAUGAAAUUACAAACCAAUAAGUUGUUCUUGUGAUAAUUAAAUUAUAAAUUUCUCAUGUCUAUUGUCAGUGUACUGUUCUUUUUGACAAAAGCACAUUGAAUGACAGUGCCAUCCAACAUGACCUGUUAUGUUAAGAACCUUUUUUUAUAUUUUCACUGAACAGUGCUGCAAAUAUUUCAAAAUAUAGAAAAGUCAUUAGAAGACAGUCCUUAGGGUAAGUAAUGUGAGAAAUUUUGGGAAUAAGAGUAUUGAAAGCUCUGCUUCAGCAUUAAACUAUGACCUUUGAAUGGUUGUUUGCUGGUGCGUGAGCUUGGCUAUGAUAAAAAUUAGUGUACUUGGUUUGACAUGUUUCACGCAGGGAUGAAACACUAGUUCUAUCAAGGCAGCUUCUCAGAGAUGCCUGCGUUUAAUGUUACUUUCAGUUCAAAUUAAAUAUGCUAUGCUUUUUACAGCUCAUACUACUCUGUGGCACAGGUCUUCAUUAUUAGGGGUGCAUAAGCACUGUUAGCUGGCUUUUUGAUCAAAACAUUAUUCUCUUAGGUUGUGUUUGGAAGAUUGUAUGGAUUGGGUAAUUGUGGUAUUUUUGUGGAUGUGUGUGAAAUGUAAAUAUUUUCAAUUCCACCUUGCCAAAGACUUAUAUUUUUAGUGGAGAGAGAAAGAUAUUGUUUGACAUUGGUAAGUGCAAACUUGUCAACUAAUUGGUAUGCUGUGUAAAGCUAUUUCAAGUGGAACUGUGGCAGUUGCUUUGUAGAUACCUCAUGUUUAUAACAUUUCAGUUACAUGUCAAAAAAAUUUCAAGGGUGGGAACAGUAAGAAGUACAUGGACAGAUGUUAAAAUUUGAAACUUUCUAUGAAGUCGUGUUCCUUGUUUACUUCAAAAUAUCGCAACUUGGAUAACUAAAUGUUUGCUGCUUUCAAAUUAGUUAUAAAAUUACUUACUCUUAUAAUUUAAUUGUAAUUUGUUUAAUUCUAUCUUCUAAAUGGUGACAAACGCACAAAUAUAAUGAGAUAAAAUUUUCCUUUUUCAAGUUACCAUGGGUGCAUCACUCAGUUUGUAUUCUACUCUUGCUUGUCUUUCAAAGGAUGUCUGCCAGACAUCAUGUAAAUAUUGUGUAAAGAUUAUUUUUGAAAGUAUAUUUUUGUUGUAGAUUCCUAGACUUUGAUCAGGUUGAAAGCUUAGAAGUCAGUGAGGACUUGACAUUUUGAUGUGGAGAAAUGAAUGGUACUAGUAUCAGAAUAUGUGAACAUCCUAUCUGCUUCCUAGCUGGACUGAUGUGACUGCUACAAAUCCCUCUGGAAGUGUGACUUAACUGUAUGUUAUGAUGCAGGAGUUGAUUAAUUUUUGGAUCGUUUGCUAUUGUUUCAAAACCUUUUCAGAGGGAGGCAUAGCAGGAAAAACAUGUAAAUACUUGAGGAACUUGGGGACCUGAUUAUUUUUGUCGGAUUCCUGGACAUGUGGACUAAUUUGCCCAAUGUUUGUGGAAUGAACGACAGCCAGAGACCAGCAACGACUGCCUGUAUGCUCGCUAGACUAUGCACACGAUGAUCACAGUGUUUAUACCUGUGCGUCUCCUGUCAUUAGCUAGCACGCAUUGUAAAGUAGAGAGAUUACAUAUUUUUGUAUAGAUUUGUGAGUAUGAGUGGUAUAGAGUUUUUCGUUUAAAUUUAUUUAAGUGCGUCUCAUGACUUAGCUCAUACUUUAGUGAAGUAUAAAAACUUUGAGCGGAUUUGAAUAUUUUGCUGGGUGAAGUUGACUCCCAAUUCAAUAGACUUUCUUUGUGCCAUGUUUUAAUUUCUUCAAUUAAGAAACUGUUUCUGAUUAUAAGAGUGCUUUUGAUCCCUAAAGAAGACCUGUGCUACAAGAUGAAAUUUAAGAUGUGUGAUUAUUGCUAAAUGCUGAAUGUGUGUGACCUGGACUGCAGUUGCAACCAAUUCAUGUUCAUCAAUCAGCCUCAUGUAUGUAUCUUGGUGGAUUUCUUUUGCAACCAAAGGUAGUGUUUAAUGCCACAAAAAAAAAAAGCUGGACUUUUUGUUUGUGCUAAUGUCAAUCCCUGUAUUAAUUAAAUAAUACCAUCUUAUUCCUA